AUGCGCACCGAUAGAAUAUAUCACCUUCCUCUUCUUCUUCUGUGUACAUUACCGCCGGCAAUUGCAGUACCUGAGCAGCAUGUUCUCCAAGCCUCGGAUCCGUUGCCUCUCGAACAUGGUCAGAACCCUCUCCCCGACGAGCGGGACGUCUCGGGCUCGCGGGGCACUCUCCCCGCAUUCCUCGAUGCGCUGGACGUAUUACAAGCCGAGUACUUUCAAGAAUGGCAAGGCUUUUGGCCCGAUGGAAUCGAUUGGACCUCUGCGGUAAUAGGGACAUAUGUAUCUGCCUCCCUGAAUACCAUUUCGACGUCCUUCUCCUCGCUCUCAUCCUCCCCGAAAUUCAACGAGAAUCUGAUCAACAGAUACUUCUCCCAAUUGGUCGCCUAUUAUUUUGGCCAAGAUGCCUUCGCGCUGCGACAAGAAGCAUACGAUGAUAUUCUCUGGGUUGUGUUGGGCUGGCUGGAAACCAUAAAGUUCAUCAACAAGCAUUCAGAGAUGCAUUACACAAAUGGUUAUUGGUAUGGCAGACAGUGGAUCCCAGCAUUCGCCCAUCGAGCGCGCGUAUUCUGGGAUUUGGCAUCGCAAGGCUGGAACACAUCUCUCUGCGGCGGAGGCAUGAUUUGGUCACCAUGGCUCGUACCCUAUAAGAACGCCAUCACCAACGAAUUAUUCAUAUCAGCUUCCAUAUCCAUGUAUCUCUACUUCCCCGGCGAUGACAAUCCCUCUCCAUUCAUGUCUUACCAAUAUCUCUCCGACAACAAGACAACCGCAGACUGGCCCGGCAGACCAAGGGACCCAAAAUACCUUGCCGCGGCAAUCGAAGCAUACAAAUGGCUAAACACGAGCAACAUGACCGAUUCAUCGGGCCUCUAUGUUGACGGUUACCACAUUUCGGGCUGGGCUCGAAACAACUCAAACAAUACCCGCUGCGAUGAGCGCAACGAGAUGGUAUUCACAUACAACCAAGGUGUGCUCUUGUCCGGCCAACGAGGUCUCUACGAAGCCACAGGCGCAAGGUCCUACCUCCAAGAUGGUCAUGCACUCACUCAAAGCACUAUAGCGGCAACCGGUUGGGAUCUGGAGGCCCAAUCUCAUUCAAAUAACACAUUAGGUAAAUGGAGCGGACUGGGCAGGGUAGGAAUCAUGGAGGAUACUUGUGAUGCGUCAGGGACGUGCUCACAGGACGGGCAAACGUUCAAGGGAAUAUUCUUCCACCACCUUACACUGUUCUGUGCGCGGUUGCCAGAUCACCUUGUCCUUCCCGACGAUCAGGCGGCUAUGCACACUCAAGGGGCACUAGCCGAAAUCAAGAAAUGGCAUGAUGCUCAAUGUGCUACAUAUGGGCCUUGGAUCCAACAUAACGCCAACGCAGCGCUUACGACCCGUAACCGCGAAGGGAAGUUUGGGAUGUGGUGGGGUGAGAAGGAACAUGCGCCCGAUGACGAUACUGUUAUCGAAAUACCAGUUGGCGCAGUGGAUUAUAGGAAUCUGGAUAUGCCAGAACCAUGGAAAAAAAACACUAGUGUCAAAACUCACGAGCAUGAACACACUAGGAAAGACAGUGAUGUUGGAAUCAACGGAGACAGAAACGACCGCAAUAGAGGCCGCACAGUCGAAACGCAAGGAGGUGGGAUUGCCGUUCUCAGAGCAAUGUGGGAGAUUGUAGAUUCUAGACACGCAUAA